CGCGUUUUCUAUACACACCCACACAUUUUGAUCAUGCUUAUCCAAACCCUUCAUAUCUCUUCGACUUCCCUUCCAUGGCGGCUGCUUCUGCUCCCCAAAAUCAACUCAGCGACCGAGUCGCCAUCGUCACCGGCGCUUCCCGCGGCAUCGGCCGCGCCGUCGCCCUCCACCUGGCCUCCCUCGGCGCCAGAGUCGUCAUCAACUACGCAUCCAACGCCGCCCUAGCCGACUCCAUCGCCGCCCAAAUCAACAGCGCCGCUAAAUCCGACAAUGUCCGCGCCAUUACCGUGCAGGCCGACGUGUCGAAUCCCGACCAGGUCAAGUCACUCUUCGACGCGGCGGAGUCGGCCUUCGGCGCGCCGGCUCACAUCCUCGUAAACUCCGCAGGCGUGCUCGAUUCGAAGUUGCCCUCAAUCGCCGACAUGCCGCUCGAAGAAUUCGAUCGGACCUUCAGCAUCAACGCGCGUGGGGCGUUCUUGUGCUGCCGAGAGGCCGCCAACAGAUUGAAGCGCGGCGGCGGGGGAAGGAUCGUAUGCCUGACGACGUCGGUGGUGGCGUCGCUGAAGGUUGGGUAUGGGGCGUACGCGCCGUCGAAAGCGGCGGUGGAGACGAUGGUGAAGAUCCUGGCGAAGGAGCUUAAAGGGACGGGGAUUACUGCCAACGCGGUGGCGCCGGGACCGGUGGCGACGGAGAUGUUCUUCGCCGGGAAGACGGAGGAGGCGAUCAAGAAGGCGGUGGACGACUGCCCGCUUGGGCGGCUCGGGGAGACGGGGGACGUGGCGCCGCUGGUGGGCUUCUUGGCGACGGACGCCGGCGAGUGGGUCAAUGGUCAGGUCAUUCGGGUCAACGGCGGUUACGUCUAGACUAGUUUGACUACUCUAAUAUUGCUACCAUAAGGAUGAUCUAAUAAUAAUAUAGUUACACAAGGGAUGAUCUAGUGUGACACGGGGAAUGAAUAUUUUCUUUAUUUCAAUUCAAAAUAUCAUUUUUAUUA